AUGGCGGCCGCUGGGGCGAUCCCCCCUGCGCUCUCGCCAGAGCAGCCGACCCUUGACCACGACGACAGCAACAUCUCCAGUCCGUUGAGCGACGUCGAGGACGGAGACGGCGACGAAGGCUCUCUCGAUGUCAUGAACAUACAUCACGAUACGCCUCGCCAGCACGACGACGACGAGGGCGAUGUGUCCGAGUCCGACAGCAAUCUCUCCGACGCCAACGACACCGAGGCCGAGACGGAGCGUCUCUUCGACACACCGCAAGCCCAGCGACACCGAGACGUCGUCGUCAAUGAGUUCAAUGACGGUCAGAUCUUUGAGCACACCCCAAGUAAGCUCCAAAAGACAUUUUCCGUCGACGAAGAGGCCGACAAUAGCGAUAACGAGUCGCUGUCCGACAAUGACGACGUGUCGCUGGCGUCGAGCCCCGGCGACGGAUCCCCUUCCCCAACCAAACCUGCCAAGCCCGCCGUCACGUCGCUGGCAAGCCCUGUACGAGAAUCAUCGGAGACGAAGAAGCGAAAACGGUCACUUCCCGUCGACCAAUCCGACUCUGAUCAACCCUUGAGAAAGCGCACGGGCUCGGUCGCCGCGCCAGACUUGGACGAUGCUGCGCGCCGCGAAGAUGAUGAGGACGAUCCUCUGUCGACGCACCCCAACAGCGGGAACCAGUCGGCCGACGAGGAAAUUCCCGUCCUGACCACCGAAGCCAAGACUGAGCCGUCUCGAGACAGCGCCAGCCCAGUCAAAGCGUCCAGCGUCACGCGGAAGCUCACGAGGAAUGGCAGCAAACACAAGACCGAGGACGGCGACGAUGACAAGAUAAACGACGCCGAUACUCACGAAGAAGGCACUGCCGACGAGGGCGUUGAAGCCCGAGUGGACGAGGAUGUGGCUGUUGCCGAGGUUGAAGACGAUGCCGACGCUGCGGCCCGAGACGAGGAAGAACUUGAGAGGAAACAAGCCGCACUCGACGAGUGGAGUCAGCUUGAAGCCAGAUUUGUGCUCUUUCGCGAGAGACUCUACAAGGAGCGCCUCGAGCGUUUGGAAGCCGAGGAGCAGUCUCUCCAGUCCGACAAUCCUACCCACCCUGAAUAUCUUCUCAUGAGGCAAUGUCUCGACGAGCGACUCGACAACAGGAUGCGCGAGGUCAACAGGGAACAUGAGCUUACAAUUCAAGCCCUCGACAGACUCUCGGUUGCCCGCAGGGCGCAGAUCUGGGGACAGUUCUACCAGGGUAUCCGGGAGAAGCGUGAGCAAUACCUGGAAUCGCUCAACCAGGAGUGGUACGAAACCCAGAACGCCAGGCGCAGCGCACACAGCGUCCCCGACUACAGCAUUCAAUUUCCCACGAUCCCUGCCCAGCGCACCAGGAAUGCCGUCGCAUACAACACUGAGGUGGCCUAUCUCGCUGGCCUCGCCAAACAUGAAGGCUUUCCCGCGGUUCCUGCGAUGCGAGGUGCAAGCGCUACAGAAAUUGAUGACGAUCUGGAAGCUAUCAAGCGAGCCUCGCGUUCUCGCCAGAGAUCAAUCAUGCAGCCUCUUGAAGACUACCAAGCCGUUUCAUUUGGAGGCACGCUCGGCCCGGCCGGCGAACAGUUUAUCAAGAACACGCCUUGGGCAAACCCCAACCACAUCUCCCACAAGAUGCAACAUGUGCCUCUUCACUCUGAGCCCGGCACCAGCGCCGCCAUGCCCUCGGCGCCGCCACAAGCUGGUCCCUCGCAUGCGGGCCACCACCACCACCACCAUCACCACCAUCAUCAGCAGCAGCAGCAACUGCCGCCGCCGCCGUCAAACGGACAGGCAACAUCCCAGCAGUCACCAACACUAUCAGCCGUGUCUCCAGAGACGUUGCGAACGGCCAGCGUCCUCAGCCAGGGCGUCCACAUGAAGCAUGCGGGAAUGGGCGGUGUGGGCCGCGGAUCCAAGGCAGUACAGGCACAGGAGCCGGCAUCGAAACAGGAUAUGCCCAUGGCUGUGGCAACCUAA